AUGGAAAAUUCCAGCCACUGUCUACCUCCGGCAAUGAUACCCCCGAACUAUUUCGUCCAAUCUAAAGGGGCGAAGUCUCAAGUUUCCAACUCGACUAAAUUGCCAGAUGAUGUUGAUGUCGAUUCAGCUGAGAUCCUUGAUUUUGCAGAAAGGGCAGGUAAAGAAAGGGUUAGUAAUAUGAUGAGAGAAAAAAUCGGGAAAGAAGACUUAAGCUCAAGAGAUAUCUUUUUGGAGUCAAGACAUUUCUGA